AUGGAUAGACGUUCAAAUCAAGCAAAAGUCAGAAUAAAUAUACCUGACUCAAUAACUCAGGUGGAAAUUACCCCUUCUAACUCUAUAUCCAAUAUAUCACCAGGGGAAUCUAGGGAGCCUACUCCAAACGCUAGAUCUAAGUUUUCUACCAACCCCAGAACUAUUGAGAACUCUCCUCGUAACGCAAUUAAGACUUAUCAUAGAUAAUUUACUAAAAUACCAGAAUCUAAGCAAACAAGUUCAAAUUCGUUGAAUCCCUAGAUAAUACCUUAAAUGAGGAAAAGUUUGAUUAAUAUUCCAUUGAGAAGAUUAAAAAAUAUCGUCCUAAGAGCAAAUAGAGGGAAAAAAAUAAGGAAAAUUAGAUAGGAUGACGAUGAUGAUUCAUAUUCAUCAUCCUUAGAUUCUAGAUAAAGUGAUUAUGAGAACUAGAGUUUGUCCUAUGUCCAUAGGAAAAUAGACGAAUCAAUUAACUUUCAUGAUAAUCAUUUCAGGAAUAAAAAUAAAAUAUACCUGCAGAAUGAUGCGAAAUUCUAAGAAAAAUUGCACUUAGCUGAGGACAGAGCAAAGAGAAACAAGCAGAUGUAUGAUAUUUUAAGGUAAAAUAAGGUCUGUGUCCUUCCUGAUCCCAAGAUAUAAACCCAUGAUUAACUCCCAAGAUUUGAUAUACUAGAGACAGAAUUCUAAGAUGAGAGCAAGAAAAAGGAGAGGAAACUUAGAGUAGAAAACAACAAGAGAUUCAAGAUUAAAACGAUAUAAAGUGUUGAUUUUGAUACUGUGAAUAAGCCACCUGAUAAAUCAGGUCUUGAUAUUUCACUAAGAGAAUUCGAAUAAUUCCUAAAUCUGGUUUAAACCAGGAAGGUGUUAGCGAAGAUUAAAGAUCCAAAGAAGAAGAAAGACUUUCAAUCUCCAAGUAUAUCUGUGAAUGAUUAUAGUUUACUUAAGAACAGGCUUUUGACUUAGGAUCUUAAUCAUGAUUUAGGCUUAGGUAAAUAUGUUAGUAAGUAGCUAGAGAGGAAGAUUGAAAUUUUGAAUAGGGACAACAAACUUCUUGGAAAUUUAUACAAAGUUAAUACAGCAAUCUCAAAAUCAAUAGGAUGUUAAUCUAAGUAUAUUAGUGUUUAGAAUGUUACUUAUGAGACCAUUCAAGAAGGUAUUCUUUCCCCAAUCUCUAAAAUAGUGAGGGAGGAUCAAAAUUAGUUUGCAAUGGCUUAUUCGUAAUAAAAGAAAAAUAUGGAAUUAUAGAUGGUUAAAGAAAAUUAUAAAAACUUAUCGACGUUUAGGGUACUUGAUAGGCUUAGCUUUGACUCUAAAAAUUACGACUAAGAUUUAUUUAUAUACAAGAAAAACUACAAGUUUUAACACUUCUAAAACAGACUUUAGUUCAUGAGACAAAGGCUAAAUAAUGAAUCUAAAAAUGAAUAGAUUAGUAGUUUUUCACAUUCUAAUCAAUGA